GCUUAAUUUGAUAACACUCCACCAGAACUUCCUGCUCUGCACCAUUUGUAUUUUCAUUUACGAUUAAUGAACAUGGGCACAAAAUGAGUUUUGAAGGUGUUUUAAAAACCAAACUGCUUCAGCAGGAGUGCCAUUUUACUUGGUCUCUGAAAGAAGAAGACUUUGUUCUCUGUGAUUUACUGAAUCGUCUGGAGGAACAGAUUCAGUUGGAGUUGGACGAGGCGAGAGUUACACGAUCCUACAGCAGCUUUGGAUUUGUUCAGUAUCUUUAUGGCAACCAUCAGGAAGCACUCGCAAAUCUGCAGAAAUCUGUGCAGCUCGCAAAGGAAUACUACAAAGACAGUGAUGAAGUUCUUAUUGUUACCUAUGGAGACCUUGCCUGGAUGCAUUAUCAUAUGAAUGAUUUUUCUGCAUGUCAAGAGUACUUGGGACAGUUAGAGAGGAUCCAUAGAACAUGUUCUGAAGGGCUCACUCCUACUGAGGUACUCAGAGAAAAGGGUUGGGCUUUUCUUAAAUUCUCUCACAAAUACUACCAUGCUGCAAAGGAAUGCUUUAGACAGGCCCUUGAAAUGAACCCUGAUGACAGUGAUUUAAAUACAGGCUAUGCUAUUGCCAUGUACCGCACGACUAAUGGGACCUCUGACCCCUCAGACUCUCCAACAAUAAAACAGCUCGAAAGAGCUAUAGAGCUUAAUCCAGAUGAUGGUGUACUAUUGGUGUUGCUAGCACUGAGAAUGCUGCAUAACAAAGAUGAUAAGAAGACGCUCAAAACUGCACAGCUAAAAAUGAUUAAGGCUCUGGUUAUUUCCCCUGAAAACCCACAUGUCACAAGAUAUGCUGCAAAAUUUUGUCGGCAAUUAGGAGACACGGACGCUGCCAUUUCUCUACUGGAAGAAGCCCUGCAGGCUACCCCAAACUCAGCCUUUAUACACCAUCAGUUAGCUAUGUGUUUCAAAAAAAAAAAUCUGGAAAUGAAAUAUAGGACACCUGGGAAAACAGAGUUUGAUGGUAAUGAAAAACAGCAAUACCUGGAGAAGUGCAUCUAUCAUCUGAAGAAGGCGAUUGCCCUAAAGCCCUCUUUCGUUAUUGCCAAGGCAGAUUUAGCACUGCAUUACGGACAACUGCAUGGAUGUGGCAACUUAAAAGCUGAGAGACUUUUUGAAGAAGCAUUUAAAAUGGCUAAUGAAAAGCAAGACCUGCAGAUAGUUCAUUGUGUUUAUGGUCAAUACCAGCUCUACAUCAAAAAAUCUGAAAAACUGGCCAUCUAUCAUUUCAUGCAAGGUCUGAGGCUGCAGCCGAAUUCAGAGCAAGGCAGGUCAUGUGAGGAGUACCUGAAGAAGGUGAUUGAACAUCGCAUUAAAAGGGUUAAAAACCCGAAUGACAGUGAGGUGUGUGCUAUACAAGGAUUCAUUCAUGAAGUGAAGAAUGAAAAACUCAAGGCUGAAGAGUUUUAUAAGAGAGUCCUAACAAGUGGGCUUGAUUUUGGUGAAAGCUGUCUUCUAACAGAGAGGAGGAUUUGGCUCAUGAGUUUCAGUGAAACAGAAAAAUCUGUUCUAAAGCUGAUUUUUGAUGGAGGAAGUUAUGAAGAAGUUGGCAGUGGUAGGCUUAAGAGUUUCAAAGGUUCAAUGAACAAAAAGAGUGUGCACUUGGUUGAUAUUGAUAUAUGCAAUGCCAAGAGGAUUCUUAGAUGGGAAAAUCUGACUCCUGGACCUCAUGCCAUUCUGCUCACAUUUCUUCUGCAUGAUGGCCAAUUCACAGACCAGACCAGAGAGAUUUUUGAAAAUUUAGAGUUUCUUGGAGAGAAAUUUUGGAAUCACGUCAUUGUGUUAUUUAUAGAGGGAGACUGUAGUAUAAACGAUUAUACUGGAUCUCAAAGAAGCGUAUUGGAGUGGCUUCAUGAAAAAUGUGGACACAAAACCUACAUCUGUGGCUCUGGACCAGACAUUGCAGAAAGGAUAGAGCUUUCAGAGAGGAUACAGAGGAUGAUCUGGGGAAAUAAAUCAAUGCAUCUGGUAUUACCAGAAAUUUCAGAUGGAGAUUCUCAGUCCCCUUCAGACAUUUUGAGGAACCUAGAUGUAAGAGAUUGUUUGUUCACUCCCGAGGUCAUCUUUCACGAGGGGCAAAGUAAAUACAGGUUACAGAGCAGCCAUGCAGGCUGGUUCCAUUGUGAGUUUACAAAGCUUGGUUUUUACAUGAAGGGGGAAGGGGAGGUGCUGUACAACACUGUUCUUCAGGACAGUGACUGUCCAAUCCCUGCCAACCAUUACCAAGCAGGACCCCUGUAUGAUAUCAAAUGUGUCCAGGGUGUGCUGUCUCAACUCAGUCUACCUCACUGUGAGACCUCCAUUGAGGAUGCCUACCACUUCAUGUCCGCUAUACAUUGCUCUGAUCAGAUUGUUGACAUUCUGAAACCUCAGAAUAUCACAAGCACACAUGUGACAGUGAGCAUCCCAGGAACAUCAAAGUUUUUACUUUUGAAAAUACAAAACUUGUUUACGGAUCAUUGGUUUGAGAUAUGCGGCCAAGUGAUGCUGUUCUACAUAAAGAAAGCACAUAAGCUGCAUGUGUUUCUAAAACCACGCAAUGUGGACCCCAGAGAAGUGAGAAAAUCUAAUAAAGAUUAUACACUAAUCCAGUCAGCUUGUGAAUGCAUGCUCACAUAUAACUGUGAAUACAGCAUGUCCUGUGAUCCCGUUGAGGAACAUGAACUUUCAGAGAGGCCAGUAUCAACAAUACAACCGUCGUGCACGAAGCUUCGUUACAAUAAGAAGGGGAAACCUUUCUAUCCAACAUUCGACAUAAAGUUACCAAAUGGCGUGAUGAAUGUGGGAUUACGCCUGAAAAAGAAAAAGCACAAGAAUGGAGAGUUUCAAGUUGAAUGGAGUCUUGACAUACCACUGGCAGACUAUACAGCAGAAAACAGUGGACUGACAUCAACUGAUGAGCCAGAAAACAGCGGACUGAACCAUUCACGCGAUGAGCGUGUUUCCUUUCUGCAAAUCAAUAGAAUAGCACUCAUCAAAAGGGUCAUAAAUGUUGAAGCUGUUAUAGAUGGCCUUGUUGGGAUCAUUGAAAGCGAACCGUUAAGUGAAAUCAAGGCAAUGUUAAUAUCUCAACAUAAAAUGAGGAGAAUCUUUGAGAUCAUAGAGAAACAAGGUGUUUCGUCACAACGGAAGUUUUUCAACUUGCUUUGUGAAGUCGAAAAGGCUCUUAUGGAAGACAUAAAACAGGAACCAGAAAACAACGAAAGCAACAAAUGCAUGUGAGAUGAACAACAGACUGUAAAUGUAAUAAUUUAUGUUCAAACUCCUGCUAUAACAUCUGUCAAAAUAUUUUAUAUUGUCAUUUAUCUGUGAACCUGACAGUCUUUUAAUAUUUUGGAGUGUAAUGCUACUGCUUUGAUGAUAGAAUUUCUAUUUUUGGGUGAAAUAUCCCUUUAUUUAGUCACACUCUUGUUUUUAUAAACCUGAAUGAGGUUAUUUGUUCUGCUGGACACAAAAGAAGAUAUUUUGCUGAAUUAUAUUUUGGCACCAUUGACUUCUAUAAGGGGAAAAUUUGGAAGUCAGUGGUGUCCCACCUAUUUGGUUGUCAAAAUUUCUCAAAAUAUUAUCAUUUGUGUUCAUCAAAAAGAAAGGUAUGCAGGUUUGGAACGAAUUAAGGAUGAGUAAAUUAUGACAGAAUUUAAUUUUUUAGGUGAACUGUCACUUUAUUGUGUAAUGUAGAUUGUGAUCAUGGGUUUGUUCAGGACAAUCACCUAUAUGAAUAAUUGCAAGUAAUUGAUUCAGAAGUAGAAGUGAAAUUUAGAAAUCCUAUUUUUCCUUCAAUAUAAAAAGGUGCUGGUGAUUUUUAAAAUAAUACACUUUUGAUAAAUCAUAUGUAUAUCAAGUUUGAAGGAACCUGCUGAGAGUGUGUUUUUAUAAGCAAUUUUGUUCAGCUAUUUUUGCAUUUGUAAUUGAAACACAACUGAUAUACCUGUUGUUGUUGUGGGGCAAUGUGGUUUAUUCAUUAAAUUAUUUUAAUUGGCUAAAUAUAAAAAAAGUUAUUCAAUGUUUAAUUCAUAAAGACAGAUGUCCCACUGUACUGAGGGUCCUCAAGCCAAUAAAUGGUGUGAUGAUUUUUUUUAAAUAAAUAUGUUUUAGCCUACC